GUACAGUGUACCCCGUGACACGCGUUAUAUUAAUAUUGUGUUUAUACAUAUGAAAUUCUAUGUAUAAAAAAAGAAUAAAAAAUUAAUUUGUUUUGUGGACAGAAGUUUUAAACAAUCCUUUUUAUUGUUUGUCGAUAAUAUUUAAUGAAUUCAUCGAUAUAGAUAAAGUGUGUUCGUUAAUUUUGACUGCCACUGAAAAAGUUUGAGGUUAAAGUUACUAGUAAUAAUAAAUAAGUUACGUAUUUUUUCUUAAAUAUCAUCGAAGAACCCAAGAUUGUCAACCUUAAUCAACGAUUAAUUAACAACGAAACAUGGCUGAUUAUUGGAAAUCCCAGGGACGAAAAUUCUGUGACUUUUGUAAAUGUUGGAUCGCUGACAAUAAACCGAGUAUCGACUUCCAUGAGGGCGGGAAGAAGCAUAAAGAAAAUGUCUGCAAAAGACUCAAAGAAAUACACAAGAACAGCGCAAAGCAGGCAAAACAGAACAAAAAAUUCGAGGACGAUCUAAAAAAGAUGGAAAAUGCUGCCAUGGCUGCUUAUCUCAAAGAUGUUGAAAAUAAUACUAGAGACAUGACGGCUGAUAGGAUAAUAAAAGAAAAACUAAACCGAACGGAAAGUCAGAAAAUGCCACAAAAUGCAAAUGUUAUGCCAGCGGCUGCACCGGAAACAAUACCGAGAUACAAGCAGAAUAAUUAUCGACACUUCUCCCAAGAAAUUGAUCCUUGCGAUCCGAUGGCUUUGACGAGGUUGUCGCAUGCGAAGAACCAACAGAGUGCCAGCUUCGAGAAUAAAACUCAAGGGAAGAAUAAAGCUUGUAAAGGAAAAGGAAAAAGGAAAAAGGCCCAAGAGGACGAUGGACGAAGAAAAGCCGUCAGGAAACUUUGGUACGAGGCUCUCAGUCCCGAAGGAUACACGUACUACUGGCACAUAGAAACUAAUGAAUCAGUCUGGGAACCUCCAGAAGAGGGUUAUAUGACAUUGGUUGAACAAGAAGAGGAAGUGAAAGAACAAGCACUUCAGGAAGAACUUUUACAACAGUUAGAAAAAGAAGAAGAGGUCAAAAAAGCCAAUCUUAUCGAAGAACAAAGGGCUAAUGCAGAACGAGAGAAAAUGAAGGAAUUGAGAAAGCAACAAGAAAUAAAACAAGAAGUACAAAUUAAAGAGGAAGAAGGAGAAGAAGUCAUUGUUAAUCAAGAGUCAGUAAAGGUAGAAGAGAAACCUUACAGAAGAGAUUAUAGUAUUCCAGAAUUUCAACAGCCUUAUGGAUCCUGGGAGACCGUCAGAGUAAUUGAAAGGAAGCCUAUAGAUCUUCAAUUACCGCAGCAAAAGCAAAAAAAUUUGCCUACCUUCGAAAAAUCUGAACCACCUCCGCCUCAAAGAACCUUCAAAGAAAAAACUUUUACUUCUAUAUCGACGGGAGAUAGCGAUGACGAGGAUUCAUCGGCAAGCACCUUCAAGAAACGAAAGAUAGGAAAUAAGAACGUACGAAAGAGAUUGGAUGACGAUUGAUGCAGCUACGUGAAUGUUUCAAAUGUAUUUCAAUUGAAAGAUAACGAGAAUGCUCUUUGUACGUACUCUCUAAUAAAAACUUGAAAAGAACCUUUAAUAAUACCACAUUGUAACAAAAACAGAAAAUUAGACAUUUUUUUCGUAACAUACUUCCUAUUAGUAUGAAUACUUCCAAAAAACAUAUUACUUAUUAUGUUGAACAUAUUUAGACUUAAGGCUUAUGUAAUUAUUUGUAUAUGUAUAAUAUAUACUUGUGUACGCUAAGCUCUUCCCGGGCAUUUAAUUAAUGAAUAAAAAAAAAGUUAGAGAUAGAAAAACAAAAUAAAACGAGAGAGAUGCAAAUAUAAAAUAUAUAUUUAUAAUUACUGCCAUUGUAGAUUUUUUAACCACAUUAUGAAAAACAUUACCAUAAAAUAUUCACUACAAUACCGUGUUCAAAUAUUUCAGUACAAAUAUUAUUGAGCGGCAAUAUAAUAUUGU